GGCAAGCUCUCGCGAGAGGAAGUUAGGCGCGGGACGCGCGGUAUCCUGGGUUCCAUAGCCGGUCACGGUCCAGCACAGCUUCGCAGGAACAAUGGAAUCAGAGGAGAACAAUUUGCUGGAUCUUCCUGAUUAUGAGGCGGUAGAAGAUGAAACUUUCCAACCAUUUCCACCACCAGCCUCUCCAGGAAGGGAUGAUGCUGGAGAAAAUGAGCCCACCACAGAUACAAGGAAGGAUCAGAUGGGAGAUAUGCCUGUAGCUACAAAGAAAACUGUAAAAAGGAAUUUGCCUAAAUUAGAUGCUCAGAGGUUAAUUUCAGAAAGAGGACUUCCAGCAUUAAGGCAUGUGUUUGAUAAGGUAAAAUUCAAAGGUAAAGGCCAUGAGGCUGAAGAUUUGAAGACAUUAAUCAGACACAUGGAGCAUUGGGCACACAGGCUAUUCCCUAAACUGCAAUUUGAGGAUUUUAUUGGUAGAGUAGAACAUUUGGGAAAUAAGAAGGAAGUUCAGACCUGCUUAAAACGAAUUCGACUUGAUCUUCCUAUUAUACAUGAGGAUUUUAUUAGUAAUGAUGGUGAUAAAGCAGAAGGUAAUGGACUAGAUUCAACUCCCACAGACUUUGAUUCCUUGUUUGCAAAUCCAGUUGAUAGAGAAAUAUUUGCUUCUCAGUCAAGCACAAAUUUAACAGAGGAACAACGGCAAAGAAUUGAGAAGAACAAACAACUAGCCUUGGAAAGGAGACAGGCAAAACUGUUAAAUAACAGUCAGUCCCAAGAAAAUGAUUUGUCAGUUAUCCUGCCCAGGACACAGGCAUCUGAGAAUAGUCCAAAUGAAGCUCAAGAAGAGAACUUAAAUGAAUUAAAUGAAGAAAAUCUAGAAAUCUCAGACGGUGUUGCCAGUACUGCAAAUAUAGAUGAUGACUUAGAAAACACAGGAGUAGAUGAAGCCAUUUAAAACAUGCAACAAUGACUAGCCAACAAAGCUUUUAUUUAAGAGUACUUAAGUGCCAACAGUGGGUUGCCUCAUUCAGAAAUAUGUAUUAGCCUCAGUUAAGACUAAAAAAAAAAUCUUAUUAUUAAUAGCUUAGUAGAGAUUUAUUGUAUAUUUUUUUCAUAGUAGGUGAAAAUAAGUGGCUAACUUUAUUAGUUUUUUAAAGAUCUGGCCCACUUGUUUAUAUUUGUCCCAUUUAUUUAUUAUAUUAGCCUAAGUUGUCAUAGCUUCCAUAGACUCUUCUACUUGUCUUUUUAUACAAACAGAUCUUUUGACAAUUAGGUAACUUCUGCUGCUAGUAUACAGUUUAAGAGUCCUGUUUUAAUAAAAAGUGCUUAAUAUUUUAAGAUAUAAAAAUGA